AUGUUGCACCAAAUUGAGAAGGUGGAUGUUUUGGAUUCAGGUUUAAGUCGGACGGAGGAUGUUGCUGCUGCUUUUGAUGGAACUAAUACUAGUCCCGUAAUUAACGUGGAGGUGGAUGGCAAUGAGCCUUUGGCAAUGGAUGAAGUUCCGCUACAGACAGUUUUUGAGACUGAUCAUCAAGUGCUAAGUGAAAAAGAUGUGAAUUCUGGAGCUUCGGAUGAUGGUGGUGGGGAAGAGAGAGUUUUAGUAGCUGAAGAAAAAGGUGAAGGAGGAGAAGACAAGGAGGAGAAUACCUACUUUGGUAAUGAACUUGAGGGGCGUGGGGGAGAUAGGGAUGAUGAUUCCGAUGAUGAUUGUUGGGAUGAUGACUUGGAUGAUGAUGAUGAUGACGGAGAUGUAUUUAUGCAGGAAGAUUAUGAAGAUGAUAAUGAGGAUGAUGACGAGGAUGAAUUUAUGCAGGAAGAUGAUGAUGAUGAGGAGGAUGGGGAUGAGGAUGAGGAUGAAGAUGAAUAUGUUGGUUUGGAAACUAAUCCAGGUACUGUAAACAGAGGUAGUGAAGGAGGAGUUGUUGGAAACGAAAGUGGGAAGAUCGAAAAUGACGAAAAAGGAGUUCAUAAUGUGGAUGAGAAAUCGUUGGAGAAGACGAAUGGAAACAUCGAAACUGAAAGUGGUAAGGAAGAGAACAAGGUAAAAGGAGUUGGAAAGUUGGAGCCCAAGCUUGGGAAUAGGAUGAUGAAGAAGAAAAAGGUAAUUGAGAAGGUUGUGAGAAAUGAUUCGGACAUAGUUGUUUCUGAUGAUAAAUGUAUGUUAGAAACAGAUAAUAAGAAUGAUCCUGUGAACGGAGAAAAAGGACAUGGAAAGAAAAAGGUUGGUGGAAAAGGUGAAGGAAGUUCAAAGAAGAACACCAGGAGAUUGAGAAAAAGGGACACAAACAAGAAGGAUAAAGUAAAUUCGAGGCGUGUGAAGAAUGAUUUUCCUAAGAGAGCUGAGAGCAUGGGAAUGAUUUUUAUGUGCAGCUCUGAGACCAAAAAUGAUUGUUAUCGCUACAAGGUUCUUGGUCUACCUGCUGGCAAACGGGAUCUUGUUGAAAAAAUUUAUAGAGGCAUGAGGCUGUUUUUAUAUGAUGUUGAUCUGAAAUUGCUCUAUGGAAUCUAUAAAGCUGCUGGGCGUGGGGGUUAUAACAUUGAACCUAACGCAUUUAAUUCAAAAUUUCCAUCUCAGGUACGCUUUACUGUUCUGGAGGAUUGCAUACCAUUGGCAGAGGAGAAAUUUAGGAAGGUUAUCAAAGAUAAUUACUUCACAAAGAAGAAAUUUGACUGCCAUUUGAAUCAUGAGCAGGUGAAGAAUUUGUGCAAGCUUUUCAGUGUUUCCAGCAAAGGCCCCAAACCUAAGAGGUUGGAAAGAAUCCGCAGGGCAAAGGCCCAUAGAUCCUCUGUGCAUCGAGAUCGGUCUAGAGUUCAGGUUGUAAAUGAAGUUGGGCGCCGAGAUAGAUCCAGGACUCAUGUUUUAGAGGGAGGUAGGCACAUUGCCUCAGAUGAUAGUUAUCGGCGUCAUGAUUAUUACCAUAUCCGUUCAAGGAACAGAGCUGCAUCUCCAAUAGAUAGACCUUUUGUAGUUGAUCCUGUUCCUCAACUGAUCAAUGCUCCUAGAUACACCUACGACAGGCCCUUGGAAAGGGAUGCCUACCGACAAAACAUAUUGGUGGAGCGUCGUGAUUCAUACCGACAACCACUCUUGGCAACUCACGAUGGUUAUAGGCAGCGUUCACUAUCUCCCUUGGUGCCUCGGGAUGCUUACCGGCACAGGCCGUUGUCACCCUUGGCGAGUAGGGAUUACAGGCCACUGUCAGACUACCGUGAUCUGUAUAGGCAGGGGACCAUUUUGGAUCGCUAUGAUGCUUACAGGCAGGAUGAAGUACCAGAACAUCGUGAUUUUCGGCCAACAAGUUUGGAUUUGAGGCGUCACAAUGACAUUGUACCAGCACGCGAUUCUUACCUCUACAGCAGCAGAGAAUCCCAAUUGUAUCGGGAUGAUCCCAUGUAUAUUGCAGAAGAACCUGAUCGUCAUCGGCAUGAGAGAACUGAAUAUCGAUCUAGGGUUGUGCCGAUAUCAGAAUAUCGCUCUACACGAGCUUUGUACCGGCACUAG